AAUUCAAUUAUUAUUAUUAUUGAAUCUCUCUCAACAUGUCAACAUUCUUAGAAAAAAAACAAAUAAUUUAUUAUUACUCACAAUGAGUCAGUUAAGUUUUGCCAUUUUUUUGGAGUAAAAAACAACAACUAAUUAUAAUGUAUUACAAUGUGUAUCAUAUAAUUUUACUAGUUCAUUUUGCAAGUGGACUACAUAGAAAUCUUAAAUACUAUGAAACAAUACAUUCAUCUCAUCUUGAGCAUAGUAUUGUCAAACGAGGUGCACAACAUAGUUAUCAUCAAUUUAAUAAAAUUAAUCAAAUUGAAUUUUAUGCUCAUGGAAGACAUUUUCGUUUAAUAUUAACACCAAGAAGAGAAGUAAUACACUCAAAAUUUAAAGCAUAUGAAGUAAAUGCUGAUGGUGAAGAAAAAACAAUUCAUCUAGAUCAUGAAAGUUUUUAUCAUGGUAGAGUUUUUGGUGAAUUAGAUUCACAUGCACAAUUACAUAUUGAUGAUGGUAUUAUGACUGGUAGUAUAAGAAUUGCUGAUGAGACAUAUCAUAUUGAACCAUCAUGGAGACACUUAUCAAAUCAUGAUAAUAAAACAAUGAUUAUGUACAAAGGAAGUGAUGUUAAAUUAAGUUGGGCUCAACGUGAUGCAAAUGAUAACAAUGAUAGUAAUAAAAAUAAAGAUUUUAUUGUACCAAAAACGUGUGGAUAUGUUAAAGAAAGUUUAAAUGAUAAUGAUGAUAAUGAUAAUGUAACAUCAUCUGUUAAUAUUGAUGGUAUUGAUGUGGUAAUUGAAGAAGAAAAAGGAGAAGAAGAUGAAGAUGAUGAUGAUGAUGAAAAAACAUUAGUUAAAACAAAUUAUAAAAUACGAUCAAAAAGACAAACAGAAACAUAUGAAUAUACACCAACAAAAACACGUUGUCCAUUACUUCUUGUUGCUGAUUAUCGUUUUUAUCAAGAAAUGGGUGCAAGUAGUACUAAGACAACAAUAAAUUAUUUAAUAAGUUUAAUUGAUCGUGUACAUAAAAUAUAUAAUGAUACAUUAUGGCAAGAUCGUCUUGAACAAGAUGGUUUUAAAGGUAUGGGUUUUGUUAUUAAAAAAAUUGUUGUACACAGUGAACCAACACGUGUACGUGGUGGUGAUACACAUUAUAAUAUGAUACGUGAAAAAUGGGAUGUUAGAACAUUACUUGAAGUAUUUAGUCGUGAAUAUAGUCAUAAAGAUUUUUGCUUAGCACAUUUAUUUACUGAUUUAAAAUUUGAAGGUGGUAUACUUGGUUUAGCAUAUGUUGGUUCACCAAGACGUAAUUCAGUUGGUGGUAUAUGUACACCAGAAUAUUUUAAAAAUGGUUAUACAUUAUAUUUAAAUUCUGGUUUAAGUUCAAGUCGUAAUCAUUAUGGUCAACGUGUUAUAACACGUGAAGCUGAUCUUGUAACAGCACAUGAAUUUGGACAUAAUUGGGGAUCAGAACAUGAUCCUGAUGUUAAUGAAUGUAGUCCAAGUGCAAGCCAAGGUGGUUCAUAUUUAAUGUAUACAUAUUCAGUAAGUGGUUAUGAUGUUAAUAAUAAACGUUUUUCACCAUGUAGCCUACGUUCAAUUAAAAAAGUAUUACAAGCUAAAUCAGGACGUUGUUUUUCUGAACCAGAAGAAUCAUUUUGUGGUAAUUUACGUGUUGAAGGUGAUGAAGAAUGUGAUGCUGGUUUAUUAGGUACUGAGGAUAAUGAUGCAUGUUGUGAUAAAAAUUGUAAAUUACGUAGACAACAAGGUGCUGUUUGUAGUGAUAAAAAUUCACCAUGUUGUCAAAAUUGUAUAUUUAUGAGAAUUGGUAUUAAAUGUAGAGAAGCACAAUAUGCAACAUGUGAACAAGAAUCACGAUGUACUGGUGCAUCAAGUGAAUGUCCAAGAUCACCACCAAUGAAAAAUGGUACAUCAUGUCUUGAAAGAGGACAAUGUAGACUUGGUAAAUGUGUACCAUAUUGUGAAACACAAGGUUUGCAAAGUUGUAUGUGUGAUACAAUUGCUGAUGCAUGUAAAAGAUGUUGUAGAAUGAGUCUAAAUGAGACAUGCUUUCCAAUUGAUCCACCAGAUCUUUUACCAGAUGGUACACCAUGUAUUCAAGGAUUUUGUAAUAAGGGAAUGUGUGAGAAAACAAUUCAAGAUGUUGUUGAACGUUUUUGGGAUAUUAUUGAAGACAUUAAUAUUAAUAAAGUAAUUAGAUUUUUAAAAGAUAAUAUUGUUGGUGCUGUUAUAAUAAGUACAGCAAUUGUAUGGAUACCAGCAAGUUGUGUAAUUAGUUAUAUUGAUAAUCGACGUAUUCAUGAAAAUGAAAAAAAAUGGCUAUGGAAAAAUACUGAUGAAUUAAUACAUCCUGAUGAUACAAGACAAGUUAUUUAUAUUGGUGGACCAUCGAGACAAACUCAACGAGUUGAGUCACAAUAAUAGUAUUUUAAAUUAAUUUUUUUUAUUCAAUAUUAAUCAUAAUCAUUUUUAACAAUUACAAUAUUAUUAGUAAUUUAAAAAAAAAAAAAAAAACAAUACCAGUUCAUUUUUUAAACUAGUCAUUUUAAACAAAGUUAAUUGCAUUUAAAUUUUUUUAUUCUUUUAAUUUAUAUUAUCUAUAAUUAUAAUAAUUAUACACCAGUUUAUUCAUUGUGAUUAACAUUCCAAACUUUUUUUAUUUUUUAUUAAUUUUACUUAACUUUUACCUUUAAAAGGCUCAAAUUUUUUUUUUUUUCCUUAAUUUUAAAAUGCAUUUAUUUAAAUAUUACUCUUGCCAAGAACUGUGAUUUUGAUAAAAAAAUAAAAUGUUCAUUAUUAUUCAUAUAUAAUAUGCAAUUAUAAUACACACAUUGUAAAUAAUAAUUUAAAUUUAAUAUGUAUAACUUAUUUUUAAUCUAAUAAAUAAUUUAUUAAUUA